AUGGAAGAACGCAUGAACGCGGCAAAAAGACAACGAGAAGCACGAGAAGAUUUUGGUGGUCCAAUGCACACGGCUCAAAAUGAGAUGGAUGCUCCUCCUACACCUGGUUCAGUUGAUUCCGGACAUCCAAAACAUCGCGAUUUUAUGGAUCGAUCGAAACUUCCGCCAAUUCAUCAACUGCCACGAGAACAUUCACCAAAUCCACCACAAUACAUUCCACCACAACAAGUGUCUCGAUAUGAGGAGAUGAGCGUGGAUAUGUCACAAUUGACAAUUGGAGAAUUGGCUCGAUCGAGAUUGGGAGGAUUGAAUGAGGUUGGUUUUUGGAGGAAGAGGAUGGGAAAAUUUUGAUAAUAUAUUUACAAGUUUAACCCCCUGAAAUUUAAAGUUUAACCUCCAAUUUAACCCCCUGAAAAAGUUCGGUUGUAUGUUCAAAUAGUGUCUUAUGGGGAGUUGUUGAAUUAAUUCAAAAAACUUAGUCUAGAAUCAUACCGGCGCCAUUUUUCAUUAAAAAAAUGAUUUUAAUGUUUAUCCUAUGUUUUCAUGUACCAAAUUAAAAGUUUGAUAACUGUUCUCCAAAAAACUGAAAAAGAGGACAAUUCAAGCUCAAAAACGCGGUUUCGAUUGAGUUUUUUCGUUUAAAUUGAGUUGAAGGGUUGGUGUUUUCCUGGUGAAAAAAUCGUCUGCAAAAGGCGUCACCGUGUUUUUUCAAAGUUGUGUGCAAACACACGCACAAAAAUUCAAAAACGAGUUGUACGCUAGAAAACCAAAUUUUUUGCACUCACAACGAAUGUUCCACAAUGUUCCUCUCCACUAUGCGGAUAUGGGCUUGAAAAACCCCAAAGGGAUUUUGUAAGUAAAAAUUUCUAACAGAAGUUAAAAAAAUUUUUUGGAGAAUUUUUUGAUUCUGAACUUUAAAAAAUUGAAACUUGGGUUAGAGUUGACUAAAUUACUCGAUCAAAAUAUCAAAAUUAAGAUUGUAUGUAUUGACUGAUGAUGGUGAAGCGGAAAAAUCUGAAAAUGUAGAAGAAUUUCGAAAAUUCCUAAAAAUGCCAAAAGCUACAAUUAAAGAGAAAGUGAGUUGAUAUUGAACUGAUUUUGUAAUGAAUUAUCAACACAUUUCCAGUUCAAUGCCAUAUCAGAGCUGAAAAAGGCAAAUCCGGAUCUUCUAAAUUUGAAUGACACGAAAUUGAAUAAAAAAUUAGGGUCGAAUUUACACAAUGUAAGUGUGCUAAAUGUUUUCUUUAAUUGUCAGUCAAUUUCAUUUGUUCAGACUGUUUGCAAUUUGUGGAAAAUUGAAGGCGACGCGGAACUCAAAAAGGUCAUGAUAGAACUACCGCCCGAACACUUCAUCAGUGUUCAUUUAUGUCGCGAAUUCUCAAUUCUGUUUAAUGCUCGAAAAAAGAAGGAUAUCUUGUAUUGGCUCAAACAAUUCAAUGAUAAAACAACGAGCGAAGACAUUAAGAAAGUAAGUUUGAAACAACACCAUCUGUUUUUUAUAACUAUUAUCAUUUAGAGGAUUGUUGCCAAAAAGGCGGAGAAGAAAAAGAAUAAGAAUUAG